GGCGAGGCUGGCGUGGUGCGCUGGUUCGCGCUCAAGUUCUCGCAGCUGCCCGCCGACCUGGCGCUGCCGUGCAUGCUGGAGCUGCUCACGGUGCUGCCGCAGGAGGUGCACAGCUACAAGAUAGCGGUGCGGCCGGAGCGGCGGCGCGCCUUCACCAACGAGCUGAGGGCCAACACCAGCGCGGCGUUUGAGAUCCUGACCAGCUGUCUCUCCCAGCCCGGCGAGCGCACCCGCACCCAGGUGCUGGAGGCCUUCGGCUCCUGGCUCAAACUCAACGAGGGCGCACCGCUCCCCGCCAUCGCUGCCGCGGCGGCGGCGGCAGCGGGCGGCGCCGCGGUUGCAGUGAGCGGCGAGGACGCGGCGGCGGUGCUGGCUCGGCACCCGCUGGUGGCUUCUGCACUGGAGGGGCUGCAGGGCAGUGGGGAGACCUUCCAUGCAGCCGUGGACGCGAUCUGCGAGGUCAUCUGGACCACGGUGGACUUCAGCUCGCCCGCGCAGGCGGAGCCCAGCAGCGCCGGCAGCCCCACCGGCGGCGGUGGCGGUGGCAACGGACCCGCGGGUCCGCCCGCGCUGUCGUCCGCCGCGCUGCCGCUGGUGCAGGCCAUCGUGCCCGCCAUCAUGGGGCUGCGCGGGAGGUUCGCGGUGGCGGCCAGGAGGCGGGAGGCGGAGACGGGUCGCGGUGGCAACAGUGGCGGCGGCGAGGGCGAGUUCGAUGACGACGAGGACAGCGCCAAGGGCAUGGCGCGACUGUUCUGUGAGGUCGGGGAGGCCUACCUGGCGCUGAUCGUAACGGCGGUGGCGGAGGUCCGCGCCCCCGUGGAGGCCCUGCUGGAGGUGGCUGCCUACCCGGACUUCGGAAUCUGCUCCAUGAGCUUCAACUUCUGGCACAGGUUGUCCAGGCAGCUGCUGAGCAGCGGCUUCUCCUCGGGGUCUGCAGCCGCAGCGGGGCCGGAGGAGGCGGCGGAGCGGGAGCGGCGGCGGCAGUUCUUCCUGCCCGCGUUCGAGCGGCUGGUGCAGCUGAUACGCGGCAGGGUCAGGGAGCCCGAGUCCUACCCCACUUGGUCCAAGGACGAGAAGCACGAGUUCCGCGCGGCUAGGGACGAGGUGGGUGACACGCUGGACGACUCGGCUGCCGUACUGGGCUUCGGGCGCUGUCUGGCGCUGCUGGUGGAGCCGCUGGCGGCGCUCAGCCGCAACCUGCAGCAGCAGCAUCAGCAGGCGGGAGGGGAGGCGGCGGGAGGGGCGGCAGCAGGAGGCGGAGCGGCGGGCGGCAGCAGUGGGUAUGACUGGCGGACGGCGGAGGCGGCGUUGUUCUGUAUCAAGUCCAUCUCCCGCCACG